AUGAAGGUGGAAAGUGAUUAUUCACAGGGUCCUGCCUUGACUCAAGGCAGCUCCAAGGGCUUUACGCCGCUCUCCAGACAGAAUUCGGGGCUCUUCACCAGAGAAGAACAAGCCUUGGCAAGAAACCCCCACACCGCUAGGAGACUUCCUCAGCGGUCCCGAACAACCCACGAGCACAUCCCAUUGGGGCCACAGAUCUUGACAAUCACCCGGCCUCAACCUCAACAGCACGCAUCUUCCUCUUACGUGCCGACACAGAGCACGGCUGGCGUCGAGGCCGUCCCUGACGGAGCAAAGGCUCAGGGUGCACUGGUUUCAACUCACGACACUCAGAAUGAGAGCGCGGACUCGGUCACUCCGCUCGAAAGCAGCAGGCCAUCCCAGCCUCGUAGGCCGAAGCUGGGCCCUCCCCGCCGCUCGUACUCAGUCACGGACUGCGAGCCUGUCCCGCCAGAGCAGCGGCCCUCGUCGGGUGCCUUGACGCUCUCCACGCUCCCCUCUGAGCUCCACUACGCCGUGUUCGACUUCCUGGACCCAAUUGACGCGGCGUGCCUAGGACUCACCAACAGCCACUUUUACGCCAUCCACCGGCGCAUGCACGGGUCCGUGCCGCUGAGCGUGCGGCGUGACGGGCCGAACGAGCUGGAAUGGGCGUGGCACCUCGCCAGCAGGCCCAUCGCUGGCCCCAGCACCAGCAACUCCAACGCGGCAACGACCAACACGCUGGGCGCGAGCGACAAGGCCAGCCUCGCGGCCAUGCGGGUGCGCGGCAAGGGCUUGUGCCGGAAGUGCGGCGUGAGCCGGUGCGAGCUCCACAAGCACAUCCGGGAGUGGGUGCCGGAGACGCACGAGUACUGCUCUGUCAGGGACAAGUUCGUGCCCAGGCCCGGGGAGGACGCGCGGGCCCACUGCUACAUGAGCAACCCGAGGAACACGACCCGCUGUGGGCGGCAUCGUGUGAAGAAACAGUAG